AUGUCCAGGCAAGAAGCACCUCAGAACGACCAUCUGGAAUACCUGGAGUUAUCUGCAUUCAAGGGAAAAUUCGAUAUUACGGAUUUUAUUGGACAUGCGUCGGAGAAAUUGAUUGCGGAAUCCAAAGCCAACAACGGACCAUUCGACCCAAAGCCAUUUAUACGAUCCUUUGAAGCAGCCGUUGACAAGUUGAUAUCUGUUAGGAAAGAUGUGCAAGCAAAGACAGAACAAAUGGAAAAGACAGUCCGUGUCACCGAAAGAGAGUACUCGAAGAAGAUGAUGGAAUUAGCCAAGGGAUUCGAGAAUGUCGGAAAUUCAUUUAACGGGAUGGAAAGCCGAAUGAAUGAAGUCAGCAGCACAGCAGUUCGGAUAGGCGAUCAACUGGAAACUGUACAUAUCGAGCGACAAAGAGCUCAAGCUGCGUAUGAUCUGAUUGAUUUUUAUAACCAAUUUAGCAAAGGAGAUACAACCAGGCUUGAUGUUUUGCGUAAGGAAGGCAGGGCAGGCAGACGGCAGGUUGCUGUUAUUCUGCGCCGUCUGAACACCGUGGCGAAAGAGGUGGAUUUGCCUAAUUCCGAUAAAACGCGUGAGGCGAUCGAGAAAUAUUGCGAAAAAUUUGAGAAGGAAAUGUUGAAUCUUUUCGAUAGAUGCUAUCGUAAAGGCGACCCCAAAAUGAUGCAUCAUUGUGCCCAGACGUUGCUUGAAUUCAAUGGGGGGGCAUCAUGUGUCCAAGUAUACGUUAAUCAACAUGACUUUUUCAUCAACAACGUACGGGACGAACCUGCUCCCACUGACAACCUCCUAUGGAGUAUUAUUGCGGAUCCUAAUACAUCACCCCCUAAAACUGAAGCUGGACUAACAGAAUUAUUUGCUGAAAUAAGGGCCACAGUCGACACUGAAACUCAGAUAGUCAAAGCUGUGUUUCCUAACCCUCCUGUUGUGAUGCAAGUGUUCUUGCAGCGGGUUUUUGCGCAAUCCAUACAACAGCACAUGGAGCAGUUACUUCAUAGGGGCUCAGAAAUUUCAGACUUGGCAUAUCUAAGAAUUCUACAGCUUGUCCAUUUCCAGGCUUCGGCUUUGGUGGAGGAUUUGAAGGCUCACGAGCUACCUCACAGCUCUUCCAAAACUCCUUAUGAGGUUACAGAAUUUCGCCGAUCAUUGACGGGCUCCGCCCCGGUGACUACAUCCUCAACAUCUGCAGCCAUUAGCACAAUGCUAGAAACAGCAAUGGAAGAGCUCUUUGUUCCAUACACCGAAGGUCAGCGAUACAUGGAGAGGGAGUGCAAAAGCCUGGCUUUAUUGUACAGCAAUCUACUCAGUAAUUUUGUUCGCUUCCACAAAAGCCAAAAAGCCAAGUCAUCGAUGUUUGAUCGCAUGGUGAAUCAGAUCAGUGCUGCAACAACGAAUACGACCUCAAACGGUGGGUCGACGACAUCUGGACAAGCUGCCGCUGCUCUUAUGCGCUUUGGAGUAAUAAAUUCUGAUCGCAACAACGACAAGGCGAACGAAGAACCUAUCCGGGAGGAGGACGGGCUUCUUAGUGUCGACGUUGCAGAAACGAUCCCCAAAAACACUUCUACCCUGCUUCGUGUCUUGGCUGAUGCGAUAGGCACUUCCUACGUUGAUUCGGCUCUUGAAUCAGCACAGGUUCGACUUGAAGCAGCCGAUACCAAGUCCGAACCAUCUCUGCAACCUCUUGCCAUUGUUCGGACAGUUGAUUUGAUCUGCCAUCUUUGGCAACAAUAUGUCAACAUUGCUCUCCUUCCACUCGCCAGCUCAUCUGUUACCAUACGACGGGAAAUGGUUGUAUUCAAUAAUUUGACCGUCAACCGAAUGGAAACUGGGUCAAAUGCUGUACUACAGCGUGUCACAGACGCCAUCAUCAAUUGGUUAUCAGCGCAAUUAACCAAGCAAAAACGCAAUGAUUUCAAGCCGAGGAACGAUGAUUUAUCUUUUGCCCGCGUGAACACAGAACCGUGCGUACUGUGUUGUGAGACUUUAGAAAGGGUUCGAGAUGCAGCAAAACAAAACCUAAGCGGCAAAAAUCUUGAAAUGUUUCUAACUGAAAUUGGUAUAGGAUUUCAUAGUCUGCUGUUAGACCACCUUAGAAAAUUCCCAGUGAGCGCUACAGGAGGCCUUAUGCUUGCAAAAGACCUGAAAUCGUAUCAAGACACUGUCAGCAGCUUCGGUAUUCCAGCACUUCAUGAACGAUUUGAGUUUAUUCGCCAACUUGGGAAUGUCUUUUUGGUCCGACCCGAAAUACUCAAGUCAUAUAUCACGGAGAAUUAUCUUGGUCGGAUCGAUUCUUCACUUCUCAAACCUUACCUUUCUCUGCGGAGUGACUGGGGUCAGUUUGAAAAGGGAUUUGACUCAGAAGCGAAUGCAGAUGAAGCCAUACCAGGGCAUGGACUAAAAGACCGCUUUGGCCGCCUGAGUGUGAUGAUGAAAGAACUGGAAGGUCUGAAGGUCGAUGGUAUCUCUAUGGGAAUCCCAACUAGCUUCUCAGGUACUUUUUCACGACCGUUUAGCUCAAACCCGACAUAA